GUCUCCGUUUUCAGUUUUCCCUGCUCGUAGAGCCAGGUCUGCUGGUACAGAGGUGAUGCUGCAGCACAAGCAGAGGCUCCGGCGGUGAUGAUGAGUGCGAACAGGACGUCAAGGGAAACAGACGUUUUUUCUAUUCCUGUGUGUGUGGCACUCAGUUUUGGAGGAAGUCCAGAAACUGAGGAAAUGGACGGCAUAUGUUUGGCGAUUCGCAUUUAAUUUUCACUCGUAUCAACGACAAAUAAUGGAAUAUAUGUUUCCGAGUCGGUGUUACAAGAGAAGAGACGUGCAGCGACAUAUCUACACAACGGACCCGACGCUAGCUUGCUAGCUUACUCUUUGAUGUUUGUUCUUUGGAUGUAUAACGUUACUGUUGUGGUCAAAGCGUCACAUUUAACGAUGUUUAGAUAAGAUUAAUUUGAGAUUUAGACUACAUUUACGUAAAAGCUUGACUGUCGACUUCACCAGGUUAUAUUUAGCAUAUUGCUACAUUAGUUAGCACUCUUUGGAUAGCCAUUACAUUAGCCAAAAUUAGUUAACGCUAAGCUAAUUAACAUAACGUUAGCUCAGAGGACACUUCAUGCACAAAGUUAGCAAUAAGUUUCACAGUCACUAAACGGACCAGCUCGGCUUAUUGCUAAGUCGCAAUACAUUUUAAUUGAAUUGCACAAUAAUGCAAAUAUUUGUUCCACGUAUGAGCAAAUGUGUAAAUACAUUAACAGCACAGUUUCUAUAUGAAGAGCCCACAGCUCCAACAGUAUGUCAGCACUUGCAAAAUGUAUAAUUUGCUGCGACACAAAGUAACGUUCGUACAUCAUCUUUACUUGAUGUGGGAUUGAACAUCUGCUGUCUCAGCAUGGGGCAUUGAGGGAAAAGCAGUAUGUGACAUUUAGGGCAAGUUUCUGUCUGUAGGAUCAGGAUUUUUUCCACGAAGACAAGAGUAUUUUGGUGUAAAAUGUUUUCUGCUGGGGCAGGAUUGUGAGCAGUUUACAGAUGCUCAUUUGCUAGUCAUUUUUUCCAGGACGGACUCGUCAAGAGUAUCUCAUAAAACUGCCAAAUAUGCGUCUUUCCUCCUUUUUGGCCGUGUUCAGGCCCGCUUUACCCCUGAUCCUCGGGCUGUCUCUGGGGUGCAGUCUCAGUCUUCUGAUGGUGUCCUGGACUCAGGGGGACACGGAUGACUCCUGUAGAGAUGAACUGGGCAACGGGAGACUUUUCUUGGGCAGAGGAGAUGCUCAGAGAGACCCCAGAGACGGAGCAGGGAAUGAAGACUUCCAGCCACGUAUCGUGCCCUAUCACAAAGACCCAAACAAGCCGCACAAGAAAGUCCUCAGAACUCGAUAUAUCCACACUGAACUGGGUAUCAGGGAGCGGCUGCUGGUCGGCGUCCUGACCUCUCGGGCCACCCUCAACACGCUUGCCGUGGCUGUGAACCGCACAGUUGCCCAUCACUUCCACCGCACCUUUUUCUUCACAGGCCUGCGCAGCCCCAAGGUGCCUCACGGCAUGACUGUGGUUGCACAUGGUGACGACCGGCCAGUGUGGCUGAUGUACGAGACCAUACGUCAUCUCCAUCAGCACUACGGCUCAGACUAUGACUGGUUCUUCUUGGCUCAGGAUGAUACUUACAUGCAGGCCGAUCGUUUGUCAGAGCUGGUGGGCCACCUGAGUGCAGGUCAGGACCUGUAUAUGGGCAGGGCGGAGGAGUUCAUUGGUGGGGAGGAGAAGGCUCGCUACUGCCACGGGGGAUACGGCUACUUAUUGUCUCGCAGUCUGCUGGCCCGACUGCAACCUCACCUUGACACUUGCCGUAAUGACAUCCUCAGUGUGAGACCUGAUGAGUGGCUGGGCCGCUGCAUUAUUGACUACCUUGGACUCAGUUGUGUAGAGGUACACCAGGAGAUGACAUACCGGUACUUUGAGCUUGGGAAAAACGCUGACCCUGAACGUGAGGAUAGUGCACAGUUUAAAAAUGCCUUCACUGUCCAUCCUGUAUCAGAACCAAACCUCAUGUACCGUCUUCACAAGCGCUUCAGUCAGAUUGAGCUGGAAUGGACUUAUUUACAGAUUCAACAGCUGCAGAUGCAGAUCAACAACCUGAGUGACCUGACACCUGAGGGGAAGGCUGGAGUCACAUGGCCCGUCGGACUAAACCCCCCCUUCAAACCGAGGACCCGUUUUGAGGUUAUAAACUGGGAGUAUUUCACAGAAGAGCACAUUUACUCAUGUAUUGACAGUUCGCCAAAGUGCGAGAUGCGAGGGGCCGACCGUGCUGAUGUAAGCGCUGUUCUGGAGAUUGCUGUGGAGCGUCUGAAUGAGCGCUACCAGCCGCAGCUUCGCUUCCGUAAGCGACGUCUUCUUAAUGGCUACCGCCGUUUUGAUCCUACCCGUGGUAUGGAAUAUGUGCUAGACCUGGCGCUGGAGGCGUACACACAGAAAGGCCACAGCCAAGUGAUUGUCAAAAGGGUCAACCUGCUGCGGCCUCUCAGCGCAGUUGAGAUUAUCCCCAUGCCGUAUGUGACAGAGGCAACACGUGUGCAGGUCAUCCUACCCGUCACUGCCCAAGAUCAGGACUACGUCAGUAACUUCCUCGACAUGUAUGUGAUGAACACUUUGGACACCCAUGACAAUGUGUUACUCACAUUUUUGUUCAUCUAUGAUCCUUUUGAUGCACAACGAGUCAGCCAGACUGAUGUGUUUGCUGGCAUCAAGGCCAUGAUUGGGGAGGUGGAGAAACGGUACGGUGAUGUAAAGAUACCCUGGAUCAGUGUGAAGACGGAGGUACCCUCACAGGUGAAGCUGAUGGACAUAAUCUCCAAAAAGCAUCCAGUGGACACGCUGUUUUUCUUAGCCAGUGUGUGGACAGAAGUUAACGCAGACUUCCUGAAUCGCUGUAGAAUGAACGCUAUCAGCAACUGGCAAGUUUUCUUCCCCAUCCACUUCCAGGAGUACAGCCCUGCUGUCAUCUACCGAGACCAGCAGCCCUCUGCCGCCUCCUCCUCUUUUGCCUCCGAGUCCCUGCGAGAUGGCCACUUUGAUCGCCAUGUCUUUGACGAGGCUUGCUUUUACAACGCAGACUACAUGACCGCUCGCACCAAGAUGGCUGCCGACAUCUUGGACAACGAGGAGUUGCUGGAAAGCAUGGACGUGUACGACAUAUUUGUCCGAUACUCAGGCCUGCAUGUAUUCCGAGCAGUGGAGCCGGCGCUGAUCCAGAAAUAUGUGCGACGAUCCUGCAACCCACGUUUUAGUGAGGACAUCUACCACCGCUGUGUGCUGAGCAACCUGGAGGGACUGGGGUCACGGUCUCAUUUAGCCAUGGCUCUGUUUGAGCAAGAGCAGGCUAACAGCACCUAGACGGGUUAUGUGGUACCUCAAACCUCAGACUAGUUGUCUGAACUGAACAAUGUGAAUCGUUAGAUGAUAUCCUGACCCACAUACUGAAAUCCAUGCCCUUGUACAAGGCAGAAAAUGGUCACAUUGUCCUGGGUAAGGGUGAUCAAAUGUGUAGUGAUGCAGAAUUUGUAACCUUCAGUUGGAAACGUCUGCUCACUGUUUACGAGUACUGUCAUGUCUAGACAAAUAAGUCAUGAGUCAUACUGUUGUCUCCUCAUACAGACGUUCACAGAUUACUGAGCAGCUUUUACGUCCCUACUAUUGAUGGGACACGAGCUGAGAAACAAUAUUUAUAAGCCAAUUAAACAAAAUAAGACGACGUGUCUUGACAUAAUAAAAAAUGCCUUCAUUGUUUAAUGCUAAUGUUUGUAAUUCACUGAGGAAAAAACUGGAAGUCUUCCUUAAUGAAGAUGUUUAAGGAUUCGCUCAGAAUCUGUAGGCUGCCUUGUCUUUUAAGAUGUCCUUCAUGUAUUAAAGAGUGAUAUUUCUGCUCAGA